UGAGCCGAAGGCAGAGGCUUUAACCCACUGAGCCACCCAGGUGCCCCCACAUUCUUUUUCCUCUUUAAAUCUGGUUCCUGUCGUCACUAUGUUUACUUACGUGCUCAAUCCUGGACUACACACGGGGGAACUUCUGAAUCGCCAAUCCGUAUUUCUGUGAAAAACACGUUAGCUAGGAUGUAGUAUUUGCAUGCAGUUGUUUUGUUUUUCUCCUUAGGAGAUAGAGUCCAAAUAUGUUUUUACCAAGUUAUUUUGGUGCAUGUGCGCGGGUUUAUUCAUGUAUGUUAAUCGUUUGUCAUGAAGUUAGGUUCGCUUUUUUCUGUCCAUCUCUCAUUGUGAGCCCUUACGGAUUCGGAGUUUCGGUUUGUGAACCGUGUUGUUCUGAAAGCCAGCGGCUCCCGGGGCAGGCCGGCCGGCUCAGCGUGGGGAGCACGGCUCCUGAUCCCGGGGUCACGGUUUGAGCACCACGCUGGGUGUGGAGGGUGCUUAAAUUCGUCAACGGCUUUUAACUGUAAGCUGAUUCAACUUCCCUUCCACUUGAUUUCUCAUUUACUCAGUUUUUAUUUGUUUUCUGUUACUGUUGGCAAAGGGAUUUGGCAGGUGUACGUGCCAACAACAGAGCACUUCACGCCCCCCACUCUAGUGGUGCCCCCGACCCCAGCAAGUGCCGCUGCUGGAAUUCAGAUCCAUCUUGGCCCCUGGCUCUUAUUUCCGAUUUUGCAGAUGGUCAUGGGACUACUUGGUAGUCCGUGAAGCACGGGAAGAAAGGCUUGUGGUCACAGGCCCAUGAUUUUCAGGCCCUGGAUGUGCCAGAAGAGGCCACGUACGGAGUUUAGCUCAGACGGCCCACGCUGCGUCCCAGCUUGAGUGCAGAACCAGAGAUGAGCCACCUCUGCACUUUCCUUCACGUCCCACAAAAACGUCUCGUAAAUUAAACUCACUACCUGUGUUUAUAGAGCGACGAGGGAACACUCCUUAAUGAGGUCCCUUUGGGUUCUUCUGCGUUAGGAGUGGCGGGGCUCAUCUUACUAGUGGCCGAGUCCAGGGCCUAAUGCAGCCAGGGCCGCAGGCCUCAGGAAGGAGGUGAACAGGAACCCCUGCUUUGCACGGCUCUUGGCUCCGCCGGCGUGCCCCGUCGUCGUGUUCGUAAGCGGCUAGUGACCAGCUUUCCCCCCGCGCAGACGUGCCCUUGUGUGAGCUGUAGCGUCUGUAAGUGCUUGUGCCGCGGUCACUCGAGCAACGCUUUCCCAGUUAAGUCCUCAUCAGGUGUUUAUUGUAAAACAAAUUGCUCCAAAUCCAAAUUGUAAAACAAAUUGCAACAAAUUGCUUCAGCCCCACAGUGUGCAAUUAGUUCUAGUGUCACAUCUGCCGACCGGGUAACUCGGGGGCUCAUCUCUGAUGGGUUUUACUCUGAGGGUCUGGUCCCCUGGGUGAGUGGUAAGAUUAGCCCAUGGGACAGAAGCACCCUGUCCUACUCCUUCCCUGUUCGUCCAGCGUCUAGACCGCAAAGGAGGGCUGGGGACAGCCCCGGGACACGGCACGCCCCUGCAGAGCCCCAUGCUUGGGAAGCUCUGCACCUCCCAUGUGGUUCUUUGUGGUUUCCUGGGAGUCACCUUUGUCUCGAGCUCUGUCUUCCUAACCGUGCGCCAGCUGCCAGAACACCUGGCGUGGGCUCCCCCAGUGCCUCUGGCUCCCCCGAAUUUGCGAGGACUCAUCGGCGUCUCCCACGGACGGGAAGUGCCCGCUUCUGAGCCUCCCGCGCCCUGUGCUCUGUGCGAGGCGCGCCAAGCCCCAGGCGUUGCCCCCACCUUGCCUCCGACAAGGCCGCCCCUCUCGUCGGGCACCCGCUGCAGGCCGCUGGUGAGGCUCAGGUGAGCGAGCCCCAAGCCGCUCCACACUCCUGGCGGCCCCUGGGGUGCUUCUCUGUGUGUUGCUGCCUGAGGUCAUCUUCCAGACGGGGCCGCUGCUGCCUACAUCCGAAUGGGGCCUGCAGGUCUUUUCGUGCGGGGGAGACUGUGGCUUUCAUGAGGCGUUCUUUCCAUCUUCCUGACCCCGGGGAUUUCCAGGGGCUAGGUCUGAAAUAAGGGUUAGAAAGCUCUGUGUUUCACACACACGGAAGUCAGAGUGAUGGUGUGGCCUCGCAUGACCUGCUCUGUCCCCUGCUGAACCCCCGGUCCCCUAGAACAUCGGGAAUGCAAAGCCCUGCGCAAAGCCAGGGUAACGGUGUGUCUCUCCCUCAGUGGGAUGUCUGUAGUUUCCCCAGAAGCUUCACGCCAUCCCUCCUGAAAACUGGACGCUUGCUGGGGACAUCUGCUGGCCGACCCAUUGGGUCCAUCUGACUCUGUGACGUUUAAAGCCGAUUAUUGUCCGCCUCGGGGCUUUUAGGAUCAUCCUUUGGUGAGAUCAGCGGGUAGCAGGGCACAGGCCGCCCUGGGACGAGGGAAGGGGUGUGCGCCUUGGCAGGGCGGUACCGGUGGUGCUGCCCCGUCCAAGCCGCUCGUUCCCUAGGAGGGGGCUGUCCCGGGACUCCCCCAAUACUGUCCCAAACAGGUUGAACUUUACCUUGAGAAUGGCCGGAGCCAUGUCCAGACGCCGUACAGAGUGGUAUCAUGUGGUCGGCUCUCUGGAUUACGGGACUACCCCUGUGGGUACACUGUUGGUUUCGGUUUCUGACCUGAUCACCAAAGUGUGACAGUCAUGGAUUUCAGUAUACGGGUGAUCUUUUGUUGGUGGUUUUUAUCAGUAACUUCAGGAGUGAAACGACACUUCACGUCCCUCAGGACGUCGUACGGCCGGUUCAGAGCGUGGCCGCUUCCUGGAGCGUUCUCGAGUUAGCGUGAAGAACGCCGAAGCAGGAGCCCUGAGCGUCCCUUGCUCCGGUUUCUGAGUUCCUGUCUGUAUUUGCUGUGUGCUGACAAGGUGGCUGCUGUGGGGUCCCCUCAGGAGUGGCUGCGCUGCACUUCUGUGACCCCGUUUCAGAGUGUCCCUGCAGGGCUCUCGAGUCCCGCCCACUGGUCUCCCCGGUCCCAGCCACGAACGGAGAAGUGAGUCAGGAUGGUGUGAGGUGGUGGGGAUUUUCCUUCUUUUUCUCUCCUCCUCCUCCUCCUCCUCCAGAUUCAUGUAUUUGGGAGAGAUCGAGAGCUUGAGCACGUGGUGGGGGCAGAGGGAGAGGGAAGCCGACCCCUGGCUGACUGUGGAGCCUGAUCCCACGCCCCUGAGAUCAUGAUCGCUGCUGAAAGCAACAGUCGGCCGCUCAGUGAUGGAGCCACCUGGUGAUCUGGGAUGUCUUCUUCUUACAAAAGACCCAUUUCACGUGAAUCAGACAUUUCAGAUUCUUUGGGGUGACAAUGAUAUCCAAUGUGCCUGCCGGACACCCGACUCAUGUGCCCCCAGUCCUUCUGGGAAGGUGCUCUCAGAGAAGCGCUGUGGCUGCCCCUGGAGCGUCUUUCUCCAGCAUGACCGUGGCCCUUGGGCCCAGCCUGCCUGCCGUCUGCGCUUGCCAUGUGGCCUUGGGCCUGUUUGCGUGGUCAGGGCCCGGAGCACCACAUGGUUUUAUGUGUCAGAAGCCAUCCCUUGUCUGCCAGGAAAGUGUCAGUCCGCGGAGGACUGGAGAUCAAGAGGCAAGGAAGCGGCUCGUGACUGCUGAAUCUCCUGGAGACCGGGGCGGGGGCCGCGCGGGGCCGGCAGGUCUCGGAGGCUGGCGGCCUCCGGCGCUCGCUCACAUCCUUCACGGCCGCGUUUUCUCAUCCCUUCGGGAGCCUGUUCUGAAGGACCCAGCCCUUGUCGCUGCGCGGAUGCUGCCGCCCACGGAGCAGGCCCUGAGCCAGCUGCUGGCCCGCAAGGAGGAGGAGUGGCGAGCGCUGCAGGCCCAGCGCGGCCGGCUGCAGGAGGCGGCCCUGCAGGAGGCGCACAGCCAGCUGCACCAGGCGCAGGGGGAGCUGCGGAGCCUGCGGGAGGACUUCGUCCACAACCUGCAGGUGCUGGAGGAGCGGGACCGUGAGCUGGAGCGCUACGACGCAGCCUUCGCCCGGGCCCGGGGGCUGGAGGAGGCGCAGCGGGCGGAGGUGAGCGAGCUCCGAGUGGAGGCGGCCCGGCUGCGGCAGGCGCUGGCCCUUGAGGCCCGGCGCCGGGAGGACCUGCUGCGGCAGCACCGGCGGACCCUGCAGGAGCACCGGCGGGAGCUGGAGCGUGCGCACAGGGACAAGAACAGUGAGAUGGACCAGCAGCGGGAACAGUACGAAAGCCUGAACCGGCAGCUGGAGAGAAAGCUCGCGGAGCUCCAUGGCAAGCUAGCGCAGCAGCGGCAGGAGCUGCUGCUGGAAUUCAAGUCGGAGAUGCAGAAGCGGGAGCACGGGUUCCGCCAGCAGGCAGAUAGCUUGAGCUCCGUGGUCUCGACUCAUGAGCUCAAGGUGAAAGUGUUGAACGAGGAGCUGGCGGCUGUGAAGGAGGCAGCCGCCCAGGCCGCGGAGUCGCUGCGGUGCGCAGAGGCUGCCGGCGCGGGGCUGGAGGACGAGCUGCGGUGCAGGGACCGGGAGCUCAGGGACGUGGCCGCCGCCAAGGACGCCCGGAUAAAGGACUUAGAGGACAGACUGAACUGUGUGCAGCUCUCCAGGAAGAAAGAAGAGGAGGUGGCCAGGAGGAAGCACGAGGAGCUGGACCGUCUGGCCAGGGAGAGGGACGCGGCGCUGGCGGCUGCGAAGGGCACCCACGCGGAGCAGCUGCAGGCGCUGGAGGCCCGGGCCCGGGAGCUGCAGGCCCGCUGUGAGGCCCUCGAGCUGCAGCUGCGCCGGGCCGAGUGGAGGCAGGGGGACACGCUGAGGGAGAAGGACGCCGCCCUGGACAGACUUCGGGAAGACACGUUGGCUCUAAGAUCCGGCUGGGAUGCCCAGAUCGCUGAGCUGUCCAAGGAGAUGAUCUCCAAGGACCUCCAGAUUCAGUCGCUGCAGGCAGAGGCCGUGGAACUCAAGGCACAUCUGGCCAGAUGUCAGCAGGACAUUGGAAGGUACAAGCAGCAGCUGUCCGCCGCGGAGGAGAGGCAGCGGGGCCUGGAGCGGGAGAAGGCGCAGCUAGCGCUGGACUGGCGGCAGCGCUGUGACGUGGUGGAGAGGGACCACUACCGCCAGGCUGAGGACCUGAUUCGGGCCUUGAGCGAGGCGCGGGAUCAGGCCGCUGCGAAGCUCCAGGAGACGGAGCGGACACUGCGUGACCAGGAGGGGGCGCUCAAGGCCUUGACGCUGGAGAGAGACCAGGCCGUGCAGGCAUUGAGGACACGCGGCCUCCUUCCCGAGAAGGAGGUGCAGGUGCUCCUCGGGCAGCAGGAAGAAGAAAUAAGGGCAAGUUUUCCGUCCAGUGAGAUGCAGAGGCUCCAGGAGCAGAACACAAGCUUACGAAGGGCUGUUGCGGAGAUGAGGAAAGAAAUGGAGGCUCUGAGUGACCACGUUCCUCCUCCUGCCCCGUCGGGGGCUCGGGCCGCUGACACAGAGCAGCCCCGUCCAAGCCCAGAGGCAGCAGCUGAGGUGCCUGAUCACAUUACGGUCCUUGAAACAGAAAUACGGAAUCUAAAGCAUAAAUUCAAAGCCUUGGAAGAACAACUAGAAGACGUGUUCGACCCUUCAAAGACGUCCCCCUCUUACGCUGACUUUCAACCCAGCGUCCACACCUCGGCCCACGUCCCCGGAGGAGCUGUGCCGGCCGAAGGUGCCCCCGUUGGGCUAGCACUCAGGAGGCUCCGAAACAGGGCACACGUCGUGAACCGCCUGGUGGCCCGGCUCAGGCAGAAGGUGCUGCAGCGACCCCUGGACGUGGACACCGUCCAGCACGCGCUUGCCCGUGAGGUGGACCAGGUGCACCAGCAGGUCUCGGAGCUGCGGAAGCAGGUGUUUGAGCUUGAGGAGCACCUCGGGAACAGGCCGCUGUUGCCCGCCUUGGACAAGGUGGCCCUCGGGAGGGAGAGCCCCGCAGACCAAAGACCCACAGCGACUGAGGACCAGGGGCCACAGCCCCCACAGGCCUUGUCUGUGCCCCGACUCCAGAGGAAACUAAAGGAGGCCACCCGAAAAAUCCUCCGCCUCUGCCUGGAGAAAGAACAGCUCCUGGAGAUGGGGAACAGGCUCCGUGCAGAGCUCGGCCAUCGUGCCCCGGGGGGAGCGCCUCAUCACCCCCUGCCCGGCCCUGAGGUCCAGAACCCGAGUGUCACCUGCAAGGUCCCUUUGGGACAACUGCAGCCCCGUUUUGCAGCUCAGGACUCUGAGAACACCAGGAAGACCCGUGUCUCCGAGCGCUCGGGGAAGGUGCAGCCCCCCCUGGCCCAGACAGCCGGGAGAAGCCAGCCUCCGCAGGGCCAGGCGGCGGGAGCAGUGACAAGGUCAGGGCAGCAACACAGAAUGUCUGCGGCGACUUGCAGAUGCCCUCGGCACAAAGAAAACCAGUCCCCAAAGCCGCGCCCGGCUCACGAAGGCCCCACGGAGAGUAGGUGCCCGGCUGGGAGCUCCUCCUCGGUGGCCAGCGGUCCCCUCCAGAACACGUGGAAGUUACUGGACCUGGGAUCCAGCCCCUCUGGCCUCACGUCCCAGGACGACUCGGCACCAGAGCGCACCGCGCGGCCGGCAGCCGACAGCCUCAGACACCCGGACGGGCGCUCCGUGGCGACGUGGGCAGCCUUUGCCGUCGAAGGGAUGAAGAUGGAAGCUCAGGCAAAGGCCCUCCCCGCCAGACCCGCCAGAGUUCCCCCUUCGAAAACUAAAGGCUGCCGGCAGCCCCCCAAGAUCCGUAACUACAAUUUGAAGGACUGACUAUCCGGGCCUUCCUCGUCGUACCCGCCCCCCCGCCUCCCGUACCGUGUUGACACGUGGGGCCUGUGCUUUCAUCCCGCAUGGGGGUGUGUGUGUGAGUGCCCACAUGUGCACGAGGAGAACGUGAGUGUGCCCACGGCCCCGGAGCAGAGGCCCCACGGACCCACCUAGAGCCAUUAAAGCCUGCGCUUCCCGUGCUCGGGCUCGGCCCUGCAGUCCUUCCCUGGGAGAGGCAACCAGGAGGGCAGCGUGGCUGGUAAGCCUGCUGCGGUGCUGGGGGACACUGGGAGCAGAAUGCUCGCCCACAAAACAGGCGUCUCCCCACAGGGUGCUGCCCGUGCGAGGGGACCUCCUGGAAGAAGGGAUGGCCUAGCUACUGGCGUCUGCCCCUGGUGACGUGGGGGUGGCACUUCCAGACCUCUUUGGCCCCGUGAGGCCAACCCAGCAGGUCAGCCUGGAGCCUUCUACGUCCGCCCCCAUGUAGGACGGAAGUGAGGCAUUCCCAACAGCCUGAUGCCCAGGGCCGGACACUGAACCCCUUGCUCCAAGUACCACAAAACCACACCCACACUUCCCCACCCGAGAAAUGUCUCACAUAGCGUAACCGCACAUGCUGGACACUUGCAGACUUGCUCUGCAGGGAACGAUCCCAAUGUCCUGCCAUGCUCCCCGGAGCCCUCAGCCUCUGGCUCCUCUGGUGUCCACACCUGGUUGGCAGAGCCAGGCCGUUCCGUGCCCGCAGCAGCGCUAGCAACGGAGACAGUCUGUCCCCACCUGAGGUGAGUGCGGUUGUGCCUCAGGCAGCCCGAUCUCUCUGCACAGAGGCUUUCCCUUUCUGGGCAGCGGCUCCCACGGAACCGGGCAGACGGCUUCUCUGGGAGGAUGUCGGAGAGUGCCGGGGGAAGGCUGACGGGCACACAUGGUGCCGCCUCUGUGGCUUCCGUUGACCUCAUGUAGAAUGUGCAGGACGUGCUCUCCCCGCCUGGCUCCCAGGUACAGGGGCGCGUGUGGAAGCACAUCGCAGGGAGAGCCCACGAACGGGUGCAGCUCAUGCGUCGCCCUGAUGUCGGGCCAAGAGACCACAGACCAGGCCCCAGCGGUUUGCAACGGCUCCUGCCCCGUCCUGCGCACCCUUGAGCUCCAUGCGACGGCACACGGGCCUGGGGACAUCCUUGCCGCAGGAUAAUACUCAGCCUGGGCCCACUGUGCUUCCAGGAGCUGCAGAGGCCAUGCUGGGCCCUCCCGGCUGUGCCAGGAAGCAGCAACCUGGAGGAAGAUUUGCCGAGGGGGGUGGUGCCAGGGCUCUGCCGUUUCUGGUGUGUCCUCAGAAGUGAGGCGUGGCUGUGUGACUUCCUUAAGCUGAAAACCUGAGCGGAGAUGCAUUGUGACUUUCCAAGAGGCACUUAAGAGCCCAUGAGCGGGGCACCUGGGUGACUCAGUUGGUUAAGCAACUGCCUUCGGCUCAGGUCAUGGUCCCAGA